UAUGUAAUUUUCGGGGGGUCUGCUUACUACAGCUUUUUUUCCUUUUUCUGAAGGAGUGUUUAUCCCUUUCUCUCUGUUGUGGUGUUGUAUUUUGGUUUACAUAGAGAAAUGCAGUCAUUUGUGCCUACGCGUAUGUAUGGAAACAGGAUGUUCAGUAUUGGACUGGAGGUCUUCAAUUCAGAAGGGAUGUCUAACACCGUUGGUAAGUCCACUUCAAAGGAGGUGAUAACCAAGGAAGAAUGGGAAAAGAAGCUGAAUAGUGUAAAGAUUAGAAAAGAAGAUAUGAACAAAUUGGUGAUGAACUUUCUUGUUACUGAGGGCUAUGUUGAAGCAGCUGAGAGGUUCUGUCUGGAGUCAGGAACAGAACCAGAAAUAGAUCUUGCAACAAUAACUGAUCGAAUGGCUGUGCGAAGGGCAGUCCAGUCGGGAAAUGUGCAGGAUGCUAUUGAAAAAGUUAAUGACUUGAAUCCAGAGAUUUUGGACACGAAUCCUCAACUCUUUUUCCAUCUACAACAACAAAGGUUGAUAGAGCUUAUACGCAGUGGAAAACUACAAGAGGCACUUGAAUUUGCACAGGAGGAAUUAGCCCCAAGGGGAGAAGAAAACCUGUAUUUGCAGCAUGCUUUUUUAGAGGAGCUGGAACGUACUGUUGCCUUGCUAGCUUUUGAAGAUGCAUCUAAUUGUCCUCUCUCUGAGCUGCUUGACAUAUCUCAGCGUCUGAAGACUGCAAGUGAGGUUAAUGCAGCAAUUCUUACAAGCCAAAGUCGUGAAAAAGAUCCAAAGCUUCCCAGCUUAUUAAAAAUGCUGAUAUGGGCACAGAAUCAGCUUGAUGAGAAGGCAUGCUAUCCACAUAUAUCUGACAUUUCCAGUGCAACUCUAGAAGAAACCAACAUAUAAAUGUGGCAAGUUCUUCUAUGGACUCUGAAAUAUAGCAUGGGAUUCCAACAUUUGUUGGUUGUAUUAAGGUUUAUGUAUUUAUAGAGCAUUCAGAUGCCAUAAUUUGUAAGUGGUAGGAAAUCCACAAGUUGGUCUAAAAGUUGUAUGCUUGGCAAAAGUGGUCAAAACAGAAAACAAUCAGUCUGUAAAAUUUAUUUGACAAGAAGUCCAUAUAGAGAAAUGGCAACCUAUUUAUUGGUUUCAGAAUAGUUAUCUCCAUUUGGAAUAUGUUCUGCGUUUCCAAUAUGACACGAUUUAUUUAUGUAGCAUUAUUAUUUAUUUUGAAAUUUGUCGUGUCUUGUA